CCCCUAGCCUUCACAACUCUGAUGUGAAUAGUGGCGAUUACCGAGGCGUUUAAAUCUAACCUAUAAAGCAAGGACAGGAAGCAAUGCUAGUAGUAGCAGUUUGUUCUCGGCGGUAGUCUCAAUCAUUUAUAUAAUUUCAACCUGCACGUUGCAAAAUACUCGAGCUUUAGAGGUCUGCAGAGACAAUCACAUGCAGUCAGUCAAUCUUCACCUCGCUGUACAUACCAACUAGCUACUGUACAUUUGAGCUGAUUUUAACAAACUUUUCCGACGUCGGUGUGUGAUAACAUCUUUUCCAUGAUGAUGCUUUACUCGACGUCGUUCAUGAGUUGGUUGGUUGUUAUGAUUGUUGUCAUUGCUGUCAUAAACGUCGAGGCUCAGUCACAGGGAAACACGUCCAACCAAACUAUUUCAACAAAUUCUACAAUCGAUGGAUAUGAAGGGCGCUUUACUUGCGUCAACAGUAGUCUGACCUUUGACAUUGAUGACGUAUGUGAUGGACAAUACCAGUGCCCGUAUUCAGAUGAUGAAUACAUUUGCGAUAAUGAAUAUUGCAGUUCAGCAGAAUACAUGUGUGACUACGAAGAUUCGUAUGAAUGUAUACCACUGGACUAUGUUUGCGAUGGAUAUGCUGACUGUGAACAGAACGGCAUCGAUGAGAUAUUAUGCGAUCCGCUAGAUUGCGUGCCGUCUUGUCGAUGUUCUGCUUACAGUGUAUCUUGUGAAGGGCGUAACAUUGUUGAUGAUACCAACAUUACAAAAUCAUCAAGAGAUCUAUAUUUUAUUGGGCAAUCGAUCAACGGAACGAAGAUGCCAUUAUCGAUGCCAUUCAACGUGACAACAUACCCGCUUUUACUACGAUUAAAUAUUUACAACACCGGACUAAGGGAACUUCUUCGAGCGGAUUUCCUGACACUGACAGAAAUCAGAAUGAUGAUAUUACAGUACAAUAACAUAUCUCGGAUUGAGGAUCUUAGUUUCAGCAAUUUGAACAAGUUGACCAUGCUAGACCUGUCAUACAAUAGUAUAACACGGAUUGAGGAUUUCAGUUUCCGUGAUUUAAACAAAUUGACAUCACUGUAUUUGUCUCGCAAUGUGAUUGAAUCAUUGUCGAGUGACACAUUUUCCGGUUUGACUAGUCUUACAGAAAUAGACCUGAGGUUCAACAGAAUUGCGGUUUUACCAGCGCGCGUUUUCAAAGCUUUUCACUUGGAAGACCUACUUAUUGAUCACGCGGGAAUCAUAGAACUGGAACCGGGAUGCUUUCAAGGAUUGGAGGCCCUUCAAAAUUUGGUACUGUAUAGAAAUAGCAUCACUUCACUGCCGUCUGGAGCAUUUAGAGGACUUGAGAGUAUCAUCUACCUACAUCUUUUUGAUAACAAAAUCUCCAAUAUUGAUGUUGAUGUUUUCAAAGGACUUAAUACUCUGGAGUUUCUUGACCUGACAAAUAAUUCAAUCAUAGAAUUGAGGAAGGGAUUGUUUGAAGAUCAAUCGAAUCUUACCUGGGUGUCUUUCUCUGACAACCCGCUGGAAUACAUCGAACCAGGGACUUUCCAGAAUCUGAGUCGGCUAGAAUAUCUAAACAUGGUGAAUGUCCAACUGACAAAUCUCGAACCAGAUACCUUCAAAGGGAUUACCUCCCUCAAAGGCUUGUCGACUGAUGACUACAGGCUUUGCUGUUUGUUCGACGAGACAGAUCUGUGCACCAUUGCUUCCUCGAACUUUCUGGACUCCUGCUCCCGUCUCAUGCCAAACACAAUCUUAAGAGUAGCACUGUGGGUCAUAGGGUUUGGCGCCCUCAUCGGCAAUACCAUAGUUCUUGUCUUUCGGUGUCGUACCGAUCAUUCAGUCAGCGCAAAGACUCAGGGACUGUUCAUCUCCAACCUUGCCAUAGCGGAUUUUCUGAUGGGAAUCUACAUGCUUAUAAUAUCGUCAGCAGAUGUGUACUACGGAGAGUAUUUCUACCUCUACGCAGAGCAAUGGCGUGGAUCGGUCACUUGCAAAGUUGCAGGAUUCAUCGCUUUUCUAUCCAGCGAAACGUCCGUAUUCAUACUUGCGAUCAUUACGAUAGAUCGAGUUCUUUGCGUCGUGUUCCCCUUCGGUAAACUGAAGUUUCGGGCUACUUCUGCUCGCGUUGGUGUAGCGCUGAUAUGGGCCAUUGCGUUUGUAGUGAGCAUUGUUCCCUUGGUUGUUAGCUCCUAUAUCAGCGGUUUUUAUGGCCAGUCAGAUGUUUGUGUUGGACUCCCCCUCAAUGUUGAGUCUACAGAGACAGGAGAAUUAGUAUUUAAUAUCGAGAGAAGGGUGUGGGAAUACCUCCAAUAUGAAACGACUAAGCGACCAAGUUGGGUGUACUCGAUCGCCAUCUUUCUCGGUGUGAAUUUCUUGAUCUUCAUUCUCAUUCUGCUCUCCUAUGUCGUCAUAUUCGUUCACGUUCGCAAGUCGGCACGCAGUGUGGCCAAUCCGGCAAGCGGUUCGGGUAGCAGUGACCGCGCCCGGGAAGUGAAGCUGGCAACACGCAUGUCUAUCAUUGUCCUGACGGAUUUCUUUUGCUGGAUGCCGGUGAUCAUCAUGGGUAUCCUUUCGCAAACAGGUGCUGUCACCCUCCCGGUAUCCCUCUACGCAUGGAGCGUUGUCUUUAUCUUGCCUAUCAACGCAACCAUCAAUCCAUAUCUCUAUACCUUCAUUGCAAUAUGUGGUAGUUCAAAGACGAGAUCUACCUCAAACCCUACGCAAAAGACCCACUUAACGACCGCGGUGUCUGAAACACGAGCAUGAUGUAGAAGUAUUCAAAGUGAUGGUUCAAAAUCUACCACAAACCCUGCUCUAAAGAUCCGUUCCCUAAAUAACAUAUCUGAGACGCGAACAUGAAGUAGGAGUAUACUAUCUUAAUAUGUCGGCUCAAAGAUGAAUCUACCUUAAACUCUACUUUGAAGACCCGUUAUACAUGUACAUGACCAUCAUAUAUAAUACACGAGCAUGAUGUAGAGAUGUUCUCCUUAUAACAAAAUAAAUAGAUAAUGGACCGGGGAAAAAAAAAAAUCGACGGUGAUUUGUUUACAGUAUUCCUCAAGUAGUAUCUGACUGACACCCGUUAGUUAAAAAAGAGAACAAUUACUCAAUGAUGAAUUUAGUUGAUAAAUAUAGAUAAACAGUUUUAUUUAGAUUGUUGAAAUCAUCUGGUUAUAACCCCCCUAAUAUUAGAAUGGCGACACGAUUAUUUGACUCAUUUGUAAGACCGAUAUUUGUAGAUGGAUCAGAGAUGUGGGGCGCUUUUACUGUUAAUUUUGAAAAGUUAGCGAAAGCUGUAAAUGGGAUCUCCAAAAAUGUGUAUGGCAUAAAGAGUGCUAACUUCUAACGGUUAAGAAAUGUGUUGCAGGGGUUGUUUUACUGUGUUACUUUUUGUUUUUCCCCUUUUUUAUCCUUCUUUUUCCCCCUUUUUUUCCCUUUUUUCCUUUUUUCCUUUUUCCCCUUUUUUUUCUUCACUUGGCCGCCCAAGAGGG